CUCUCUCUAGCUGGAACCACCACCAUACCCAUACCACAUAACGCCUAAUAAUGCAACCCGUCGUCCAGAAGAUCCUCGUCAUAGGCGGUAAUGGCUUCGUAGGUUCCGCGGUCUGCAGGACUGCGCUCGCGCGGGGAAUGCAGGUGGCAAGCGUCAGCGGGUCCGGCCGACCCUGGCAGACACCCAAAGGCCACACGCCCGGCUGGGUACACAAAGUCGAAUGGCACCAGGGCGACGCGAUGAAGCCGGAGACGUACGCGCACCUGCUGCCCGGGACGACCGCGGUCGUGCACACGAUCGGGACGCUGUUCGAGAAGUCCGGGUACAAGAGCGCGCUCAGGGAUGGGAGCGUGCCGCACUUCGCGAGCAGCGUCGCUGCGGGCGUCGCGGGCGCCGGCGCGUCCGCGAACCCGCUGGAGAAGGAGGAGAAGCGGCGGGAGGGGACGUAUGCGGCGAUUAACCGCGACACUGCGUUGACCGUGUGCGACGCGUUCAUCAAGUCGAAACCAGAGACGAAGGUGGAUGGCCCCCGCGUGUUCAUAUACCUCUCCGCAGAGGACUGCGGUCGUCCAGUCAUUCCUGCCGGAUACAUCGAGACGAAGCGUGAGGCAGAAGCAGGCAUCGAGCAAAUGACGACCGCGACCCCAGGGUUCCGCGGGGUAUACAUCCGUCCAUCGCUCAUAUACCACCCGCACCUGCGCCCGAUCAUCUCGCCCGUCGCCGCGCUGCUCGACCUGUCCGCGACGAUCCACGUGAAGGCCCCCGCGGGGUUCCCCACGCCCUCUGCGAUCCUGCGCACGCUGGGCGGGUUCCUGCCGCGCCCUGCGCACCCGGAGCUCACCCCGGACUCGCCGCUGCAUGCGCUCGCGCGGUCGCUCACCAUUCCGCCGAUUCAUGUGGACCAUGUCGCGGAGGCGAUCUGCAUCGCGGCGGAUAAUGCGAGGGCGGACGUGCGGGGAGCCUACGGGGUUGCGGAGAUGCGCGAGUUGAUUGGGUGGUACCAGAAGGGCCAGAACCCGGCUGCGGCGCAUACUUAGACUCCUCUUAGGGUUCACGCAGCGCUGCUCGUGCGAGGCUAGGCUGGUAAGAAGACGGUCCGGCCUCAAUCACUGCUGCUCAGGAACACUCUGACAGAGUGAGCGGCGGUUCUGGCUGGAUGCUGGGCUUAAGCGUCCCGCGACUGCGAUCGUUCCUUGUAACCAGCUGCGUAUGUAUAUGUCUAGAUCGUAUACGUCUCUCUGGUAACGAUUAAUGCGGGUGUAUUUAAACCUGUACACUCUUC